GGCGAAAUGGGAUCAGUGUAUGAUGAGUAUUAUACAGGGGGAUGUGUAAAGACUGAAGAGGAGGAAGCGCCGAGCUCUGAGGAAGAGACCGGUUUCUUUUACGGUACCGGGGUUUGCAAAUGGUUUAACGUGCGGAUGGGGUUUGGAUUUCUGUCCAUGACUAACAGAGAAGGUACUCCUUUGGAGUCGUCCGUUGAUGUCUUCGUCCAUCAGAGCAAGCUCCACAUGGACGGCUUUCGUAGUCUCAAAGAGGGUGAGCCAGUGGAGUUCACCUUCAAGAAGUCCUCCAAGGGCCUGGAGUCGCUUCGGGUGACGGGGCCUGGCGGGGCACCAUGCGUGGGCAGCGAGAAGAGACCCAAAGGCACGCAGAAGCGACGUUCUAAAGGGGACCGGUGCUAUAACUGUGGCGGCCCAGACCAUCAUGCCAAAGAAUGCCAGCUACCCCCUCAGCCAAAGAAGUGCCAUUUCUGCCAAAGCAUGUCUCAUAUGGUAGCCAACUGUCCAAUCAAAGCACAGCAGUCUUCACCAGGGUCUCAGGGAAAGCCCACGUCGACAUCAGGCGACGAAGAAAUGAGCCACACCCCCUUCCCUCCCGAGAGCUCUGAUUGA